AUGCGCCCCCAACUCAACCAGAAGCAGCGACCACCUCCCCUGUCCGUAGCAAUCUUCAACCUCCGCGCGAUCCCUCAGGCGGACGAGCGGUCGCCGAUCGGUACUCGAGCUCCAGGGCGGCGGGACCAGGGUAGGGGUUCCAACCGGAGGGGAAGUACCUCGCCCUUUAUAGGGAACCAAAGAACCGGAGCUGAGCUUCUUGCUCGAGUUCAAGAACUUGAAAAUGGGAACACGGAAUUGGAGAGGGAAAACAAAAUGCUCUUGUCCAAGAUUGCUGAGAAGGAAGUUGAGAAGGAUGCCCUUGUAAACCGUUUGAAUGAUCUCGAGCGGAAUGUAGUGCCCUCUUUGAAAAAAACUUUGAAUGACAUUUCUUUGGAGAAAGAUGCUGCUGUAGUUGCUAAGGAGGAUGCUCUAGCUCAACUCAGGAGCCUGAAGAAACGACUCAAGGAAGCAGAAGAAGAACAGUAUAGGGCAGAAGAAGACUCAGCCUCCUUGAGAGCACAGCUAAAUACCCUGCAGCAGCAAGUAAUGGGCCACUCUUACAGUGGAUAUACAAUGGGAACAUCGAAUGAGGAAUCUGUUGCCAUGGAAAAGGAGAUACAAGAUUUACAGGCACAGCUAAAGCAAGAGUCACUCCUAAGGCAACAGGAGCAACAAAAAUUAGCUGAAGAGUCCCAGCUGAGGCAACAAGAGCAAGAAAAACUAGCCAGAGAGCAAACCCGUAUUGCUUCUCUGGAGGCUGAAAAGCAACAGUUGGAAGACCAAAUUACUAUGUUGACAAAGAAAGCUACAGAGGAUGCUUCUGAGUUUGCUGCACGCAAGGCAUUUUCAAUGCAAGAUAGGGAAAAACUUGAAAACCAGUUGCAUGACAUGGCUUUGAUGAUUGAGAGGCUAGAGGGGAGUCGUCAAAAACUGCUAAUGGAGAUUGAUUCUCAAUCGUCAGAAAUAGAGAAACUGUUUGAGGAGAACUCAACCUUAUCUACUUCUUAUCAAGAAGCCAUGGCUAUUACAGUACAAUGGGAAAACCAGGUUAGAGAUUGUCUGAAGCAAAAUGAAGAGCUCCGUUCUCACUUGGAGAAACUAAGACUUGAACAAGCUAGCCUGUUGAAAGUAAGCAAUAUCGCUACCCAAUCAGAUGGGCAAAUUGAAAACAGUAUCUCAAACCCACCAGAAAUGGUCACCGAGAAUAUUUCUCUAAAGGAUCAGCUUAUAAAAGAACAGAGCAGAUCUGAGGGGUUGUCGGCAGAGAUAAUGAAACUUUCAGCUGAGCUUAGGAAAGCAGUCCAAGCACAGAAUAACCUUGCGCGCUUAUACAGACCUGUAUUAAGAGACAUUGAGAGCAAUCUGAUGAAAAUGAAACAAGAAACUUAUGCGACGAUCCAGUGA